GAGAGGCUCUCUGACACGUGCACGUCAAAACGACGACUCUCUCAAUUUUUGGGAGAAAAUUGAAGAAAAUCAAUUGGGGGUUUCGAAAGCGAAGCACUUUGCCCAAUUCAGGUUCCGAUUCCACGUUCCCUCCUCAAAUUGAUCGUUGUCUUCGUGAUGGGACACCACCGUGAAGCCGUAGAGGUGGCCAAGACGGUGCUUGAGGUUGCUGAUGUCACUUUUGCCGCCGUCGAAUACGGCCAUCAUUACCUCCACCACAAGCACCACAACGCCGCCGCCCAGGAACCUCCGGCCGCUAACUGUCCCUCGGAUGAAGAAGAAUUACAGUCUCUUCGAUCGGAGAAUCGCCGCCUCAGGAACCUGCUCGAGCAGAAUUUGAAGCUUCUUCAGAACCUAUCUGAAUCGCCCUCUUUUCUGAACAAUUGUCCCUCUGAUCUUCAUGAUCGGUUAGUUUCCACCGUGGAGUCUGAUGAGUACUUGGCUAAGCUCAAGUUGUUGCAGCAGGAAGGGUUUAAUGGUGCCAUGCAAUUUCCUUUUAAGGAAGCCACUGAAUUUGAUCAUGAUUGUGCUGAUAUUUUGAUCAAUGUUGAUUCCCAACAACCGAGUUGGUGGGUUUGGGUUACUGAUGAUCUUGAGCCAAGUAAUUCGGAGGAAAGGAGUGGGAUUGAUGAUGAAAGUUACAUAGUCAUCAGUGAGGAACAUGUGGUUGAUGGAGUUGCAAACUUCAUGGCAAGAUGCAUUCUGUCAAAUCCUAAGGCUCUGAAGUUAUCUCCAGAGCAACUGCAGAAAGUUCUAUCAAAAGUUUUGGCUGGUACAAGCAAACUGGAAACGGUUUUUAAUAUCUGGGAAGCUGGGAAGUUGUUUUAUGCUUUGUCUACCUGGGGACUUGCUUUGGCGGGGCUGUACAAAAGUCGUGCUGUGUUAAGAGUUGCCGCAAAGGGUAUUCACAGUGGCAGUAAACUCGCUCUAAAGGCACUCUAAUGAUGAUGCGUCUUCCAUGGCCAUGUCGAAUUUCACAUAUCCACCAUGGAGCUUAUAGGGCCUUAUCCAAAAUGUAAAAUGAAUUCGUUCAUUAUUUCCUAUAAGUUCUAGGCCUCAUGUAAAUAAUGGUAAAUAACAUUUACAUCUGGUGCUUGUUGAAACUGUAUCAUUUGGCUUCUAAAAUAUUGCUUUGUGAAUUAGCACGUAA